AUGUUCCAAAAGGCAGAGAGAGCGAUAGAAGAGGAGAAACAACGAAUCCUCAAAGAGAAAGAAGAGCAAAUGCGCAAAGAGCAGGAGAAACUGAUGAAGGAAAUAGAGGAAAUGUAUAAGCAACAUUUCAGAGAGGUGAAGGGUGGAGAGUGUAACAUUGGUGCCACAGUAGUACAGAAGCCCACUACUUCAGAGCAACCUGCAGUCGUCGGGUCUAAACUUUCCACAGCCUACAACAAUAAUAAGCUGAUCAGGAUUGUGAUGGUGGGGAAGACUGGAGUUGGGAAGAGCGCCACAGGAAACACCAUUCUGGGACAAAGGUGCUUCAAAUCUGAGUUCUCCUCUAAAUCUUUGACAGAAUGCUGUGAAAAAUUUUAUAAUGAUGUGGAUGGACAAACGGUUGCUGUUAUUGACACUCCGGGUCUGUUUGACACCAGGAACAUCUUCAGGUCGACACCUCCCACAGCCUACAACAAUAAUGAGCUGAUCAGGAUUGUGAUGGUGGGGAAGACUGGAGUUGGAAGGAGCGCCACAGGAAACACCAUUCUGGGACAAAGGUGCUUUACAUCUGAGUUCUCCCUUAUAUCUUUGACUACACUCUGUGAAAAGGCUUACGGUGAGAUCGAUGGACAAAAGGUUGCUGUUAUUGACACUCCGGGCCUGUUUGACACCAGGAACACUGAAGAGAAAACUGCUAAAGAUAUUGCCGAGAGCAUUUCUUAUGCUGCACCUGGACCUCAUAUCUUCCUUGUCAUCAUCAAACUGGGCAGAUUCACAGAGGAAGAAAAAAACACGGUGGAGAAGAUUCAGAAAAUCUUUGGCGAGAAAGCCAACAAAUACAGCAUGGUUCUCUUUACCCAUGGUGACCUGCUCAAAGGGAAAACUAUUGAGGAGUUCUUGAAGGACAACAAAGAUCUGCAGGAACUUGUGACCAAAUGUAACAAUCAGUACCACGUGUUCAAUAAUGAGGUGAAGGAUCGUUCUCAGGUCAGAAAGCUGCUUGAUAAGAUAAGAAACAUAAAUGUGCAGAAUGGAGGAAGCUACUACACCAACAAAAUGUUCCAAAAGGCAGAGAGAGUGAUAGAAGAAGAGAAACAACGAAUCCUGAAAGAGAAAGAACCAGAAACAUGCAAAGAGCAGGAGAAACUGAUGAGGGAAAUAGAGGAAAAGUAUCAGCAAAAGCUGAGAGAAGUAAAAGGUGACAUUGAGAAGGAGCUUAAAUUAAAGGAAGAACGUGGAAAAGAAAUCAAAAAUGAGAUGAAAAAACUGGAGGAAAAGUUAGAACAUCAGGCCAGAAAAAAAGCCGAGAACAGCGAUCGGGUCAUCAAACUGCUAAUUUCAGUUCUUUCAGCAGUUGUGUCACUUUGCAUCUCACUGUUAUAG